GACAGGUUUACCUGAGGUCAAUGACCCGCAGACACGUGGAAGAGAGACGUGUGAUCAGCUGGGAUCAGUUGUUGCCUACCAGAGGGUGAAGGUACGACAAUGUCCUCCAACACACGCCAGCUACAGGUGCUGGACACCGAGUACAGCGCGGACUCAGUAGAGUGGUGCCCUGUCCCUGGGUACCAGGAUGUCAUGGUGUGUGGGACAUACCAACUGGCACAGCAGGAGGCACAGUCAUCCUCCCCUGAUGACCCUGGAGCGACAUGUGUACCCCAGACUCGCCUUGGGCGACUCCUGUGCUAUAACCUCCUUACUGAGGAUGCCAUUUGUCUUAGUGAGUUCCAAAGGACAGACCUUGCAGCCAUCUUAGACAUGAAAUGGUGUCAUAGCCUCUUGAAAGAGUACCCAGGACUUGGCAUUGCUGAUGCCAAAGGGAAUCUUAAUGUUUGGACUCUGCAAAGCAGACAAGACAGCAAAGAUGAUGAUGCUGGCCUGUCUAGAAGUUUGACACGACAGUGUGAGGUACAGAUUGUUGAGGAAGGACUUGUGUUGUCAUUAGAUUGGUCAACUGGUAGACAGCAAAGCAGUGAACCAGCAGUCAUCACCAGUGACUCACAGGGCCAGCUGACCCUCUGUCAGGUACCACCUAAUGCCACAGGCAUGAAUAUUGUCUCCCAAUGGAAGGCACAUGACUUCGAGGCCUGGAUAUGUGCCUUCAACUACUGGGACCCUACCACUGUCUACUCCGGGGGUGACGAUUGCAGGCUCAAAGGUUGGGACACGAGAACACCCUGUACCCACCCAACCUUUGCUAGUAAGGCCCACGACAUGGGUGUGGUCAGUAUCCACAGUAACUGUCACCAGGAGCACCGCUUAGCGACAGGGAGCUAUGAUGAACAUGUGCUACUGUGGGACACCAGGAAUAUGAGACGGCCAGUCGCAGAUGUACAUGUUGGAGGGGGUGUUUGGAGGCUGAAAUGGCACCAUGUGAACAAGGACUUACUCCUGGCAGCAUGUAUGCACAAUGGCUUCCAUAUACUAGAUGUCAGUAAGUUAACAGAUGGUGAUGAUCCUUCCGUAGUGGCAUCAUACAUGGAGCAUCAGUCUUUAGCAUAUGGAGUAGACUGGUGUAGACAGACCAUCAGCUCUGCGCAGAUGUCCACACCAUCUGCCACACCAGGAAAACCUCUGCUUGCCUCCUGCUCCUUCUACGAUCACAGCCUUCAGCUCUGGGAGUGGCUAUGUUAGGCUUUACUACGGAACAAUCUCAUCUUAGGCACUGCCUUGUGAUACAUGUACAUGUAUAAUAAAAAUUUUGCAAAAUAAGUCUUUGUUUUGUAAUUUCUUGAUUGCAGACUUCUGUGUAAGUGAAGACAUUCUAUACAUCUACCAUUCAUUUCAGUUACUAGUACUUCUGUCACUACAUGUCCCUAUUGUCCAAUUGUAAAACCUGUUAGGCUAGGCAUACUAGCAUGCUAGGCCUAGUAAAUCUUUGUCUUUUCUGUACUUGUUAUCAAC